UUUUACUAGACAACCAAUAAGAAAGGAGAUGUGAUGCAAGUAAAUUUACAUAAUCUCGUCACUAAUGCAUCAUCAAAUCAGUUCUGGAUAUUCUUGAACACCUUAUUUGCAUAGGUCGCCUAUAAAAGACGAGAUUCUAGACGUAAGCAGGCAUAUGAGAAUCAUAGUUUAGUGUGCGUUUCGAAUUCAGCAAGUAUGCCUGAACCGGCUAAGUCUGCUCUUGCCCCGAAGAAGGGUUCCAAGAAGGCGGUGACCAAAGCCCAGAAGAAAGAUGGUAAAAAGCGCAAGCGCAGCCGCAAGGAGAGCUAUUCCGUGUAUGUGUACAAGGUGCUGAAGCAGGUCCACCCGGACACCGGCAUCUCGUCCAAGGCUAUGGGCAUCAUGAAUUCGUUUGUCAAUGAUAUCUUCGAGCGCAUUGCGGGCGAGGCGUCGCGCCUGGCGCAUUAUAACAAGCGCUCGACCAUCACGUCCAGGGAGAUCCAGACGGCCGUGCGCCUGCUGCUGCCCGGGGAGCUGGCCAAGCACGCUGUGUCUGAGGGCACCAAGGCUGUCACCAAGUACACCAGCUCCAAGUAAAUGUUUAUAGGUUCUGUUAAAACAAAGGCUCUUUUCAGAGCCACUUACAUUUUCAUGUGAGGAGUUGUGAUUCCCUCUUGUUGCCCGUUUUGGGCAUGUUAUCUAAACGCAGUUAGAUACUGGAGUUGGCUGAGUUGUUUCUGCAAAUAAGCCUAUGUAUAGAGAAGCCCUUGUGCUUAUUAAAACAGGCUCUUUCUGUUUCACCUCUUUCCCAAACCUUCCUAUAUUCUAUACUAAAAAAGCCAAGAGUUUCUGUCCACCACGCCUUAUUUUCAAUUACAAAAGCAAGGGAGGCUGGCUGGGUGGGAUUAGGAAAGGGAACUCUUCCAUCCUAGCCAUGGUUUGGCGCUCUGGUACCAGAAAUUGGUUUCAGUUCCCAGCUUCCUCCGGCCCUUUCCCCAGAAUGGAUCCUACACUCCCAGAAUCAUGCCCCACCCCACAGAAUUCAGAGCCUUACCUCCACCCGGCCUGCGCUCCAAACUUCGACAUUCUAGUACCUCUGCCUUCUCCAGUGUGCCCAGACCCCUAUAUGUGGUCCAGUUUCAGUUGUUUCUGAAACACUUCAGCUCGGGUUUUGCUCUUCCUUCCAAAACCUGUGCAACUUUUAUUAAAUUAUCUUUGUAAAAAUAACCAAGAGUUUUCUCUUUUCCUGACUGGACACUGACUAAUGCAUGGUGUCAAGUCUCCCUUGAUUU